GCACUGGAGGGUAAGAAGGAUGGCAGGGAGGAGGCGGCGCUCCCUACGACGUAGCCGAGGCCUCCCAUCACAUGACGGCGCCGGUUGAUGAGGCGGUUCCGCCCGCCCCGCUGCCCGGCGCUACCGCCCUCCUGCCAGUACCGCCGGGAGGGCGGCGUGGGGCCGCCCGCGGGACAGCUGCGCUCUCGAGCUGCGGGGACGAGAGUAACAAUUUCAAGAUGUCAGGUGGUCCAAGAGUCUCGUUCAAUGCAAUUGAUUCUGCUCUUUCUUCUCUGAAAAACUGCCAGUCCUACAUCAACUCUGGAAUGGAUGUGGCUACUCAGGUUGCCCUUGACCUUGUGGAAAGUUUCAAUGAUGAAGAAGAUAUUAACAAUAUGGAAGAAGUCAUGUUAGACUUUGCUAGAAUGGACAGAGAACUUAAUCAUUAUAUAAAAGCAUUUGAAGAAACCAUAAAUCAGGUAAAACGAGAAAAACCAGAAAAUUUACCAGAUUUAGAAAACAUGGCGCGAGAAAAAUUCCUUGAAAUGGAGAGCAUGAACAGUGACUCAGAUUUACAAAGGAAUGAAAAAUAUAUGUAUUUUAAGGAUCAACUUAAGGAGAUGAAAAAACAAUAUCAUGGUAAUGACACCAUUGAACAAAUUGAUGAAGAUAUAGCUGUGACUCGGAGUCAGAUGAACUUCAUUUGUCCCAUUACACAGGUGACAAUGAAGAGGCCAGUGCGGAACAAGGUCUGUGGACAUAUUUAUGAAGAAGAUGCCAUUCUAGAAAUGAUCCAGACUCAAAAGCAGAAAAAGAAAAAAGUUCGAUGCCCUAAAAUGGGCUGUAGCCAUGUUGAUGUAAAAGGAUCAGAUCUUGUACGAGAUGAAAUACUUAAAAGACUGAUUGACAGUCAGAAAAAACAAAGCUGGUCAACACUGGACACAUGAGCUGGAUAUGCUACUGCCACAAAGAAAAUUUGUUAUUAGAGGUCUUGUGAGAUAAGUUGCUGAUUCUAAAUAGGUUGUAUAACUGAUUGUUAUUUGUUAAGUGUUUCAUUUAUAGGCAAAUAAUUGUUAAAUGUUUCAUUUCUAGCCAAAGUUGAAGGUCUCCACUGUAACUAACUGAAAGCAUUUUUUGAACUCAGGAAUAUAAGGAAUUCCAGUUAAACUUGUUUGGUUUUUUUCUACCUUUCUGAAUUUCUAAAAGCUUGCAUUUGGUAAAUAAAGUAUGUUUUGCAGCAUUUAAACUUUCUUUUCAGUGUGCUG